UGCUUAUCUGUGACAUGAAAAUAUGUGUUAUCACAAUCAAUAAAAUUGAAACGGAUUUGUUGUAUAAUGUUCUGUUAAACUGAUGUUGAUUAGUAAAUAUUCAAAUGAGAAAACUCAAUAACUACAAUUGCAAUGUUUGUAUCUGCAGACUUGGAUUGGACCAACAGAUAUCCACAAAACACUGGUGAUAAAUGGAUGAAACAAAAAGGUUCCACAAUGGGGAAACAAUGUGGAUCAACACUGGAAACAUCUGAUAUUCAAUACUCACUAGAAAAUCUCCCUGACCCUGUUGAAGUGGAGGAUAUAUAUGCAUGUGUGAAAUGCAGCAUUGAGUACCCUACUCAACGGUGUCUGGAUUAUCACUCAACGGUUGUGCAUAAUAAAUACUGUGAUGUUUGUAAUAUGAGACUUGAUCACCUUGGAGAAGAGCAGCUAUUGACACAUGGCCAAUCACAUACUGGAAUGAAGUCUCACCAGUGCCAACAUUGCUAUAAACUCUUUCAGACUAAGAAUGGCUUGAGUGUUCAUCUGGCUAAUGACUUGCAGUGUUUAUUAUGUGGGGCUCGCUUUAUAAAAACUGGAAAAUGGGGUCACAUGAAGCAGCAUAAACAAAAGUGAAAUGAGUCCCAGAAUUUUUUUUUUUAAAUUGUAACAAUCAGUAAAAUUGUAACAAUCAGUUACCUGUACCAUUAAUGGAUAAUCAUAUUGUUUCUCAAACAUUGACAUUUAAAUAGUUAACAAAUAAAUACCUUAUUUAAGAAUACAUUUUCAGGCUAAUAGGGAUAAAAACAUGAGAUGCAUUUUUAGCUAAUUGUAUUUUUAAGAUGAACUUCACUGUCGAUUGACUUUUUUUCUUCAAUUUAGAUUUUCUAUGUGAAAGAUAUCAUAGCAUUAUUGCAUGGUGGAGGGGGUGAUAUAUUGAAAUAUCACCUCGAGGGAUAAAAUAUAUAUAUUUUUCUGAGUGGUGAUUAAUUUAAUAUAUCACACUCUACAUCAUGUUAUAAUGCAUUUAUCAUACAAAAACAUGUUAUACAUUUUUUAAUUCUGAACAGCAUGGGACUUUUUCUAUUAUAUUCAACAAAACUAUACAGCAAACUCCACAUUUAUUUUUUCAAAAAGCCUAUUCCAGGCUCUCAUUAUCAUGCCCAAAUUAAGCUUUUCGUGGUUCGCUCUUGAAUUGAGAAGGUACGGAAUUAUCAACUUAAAAAACCCUCAAAAAGGACAAAAUUUGAUUGGUCAAUACUUUCCAAUGAUACAUUUCGCGUAGCUAUUUGGGUGACCCGAAAGUUCUAAAUCAAACCAAUUAUGCAAUUUUGUUUUUUCACCCGCAGGCUAAAUAAAACAAUAACACCAUCAGAUUGCGCCACACGGCAUUUGAUCAAUCAAAUGAAAUUUUUCAUAUAAACAAGUAUCAAUGUUUUAUUUAGUUUUAGUUUUUGGCAUUAGAGAUGCGCGAACUAACUGCGCAAUGGACAGUGAAGUUCUACCUUCAGAGUAAAUGGCAUGCACAGUAUAAAAUAUGGAAAUACAGUACAUCAUCCAUAUGUUUCAGUUUUGCAGCAAAGUACAUCUUCAGCAAUAUGAAACACCAUGUACAGCAUAAAAUAUAAAAAU